GUGAUGUUGCAGGUAUCAUAACUUCGAACAGUUGGCCAAUUGCAUAAUCAACUAAGACGAACCAGGAAAGCCAUGGGGCGUGGUAAAUUAGGAAAUGGAGAUGUUGUGUCAGAACCAGAAUACCACCAACCAGUUGGGAUCUAUGGAUGGAGAAAGCGAUGUCUUUAUAGCUUUAUCCUCUUUCUGAUGAUCAUAACAGUGAUAAACCUGGCACUCCUUAUUUGGAUCUUAAGAGUGCUGAACUUCUCAGUGGAUGGAAUGGGAAAGAUGAGAAUAACGGAAGAUGGUAUCUUGAUGGAAGGUGAAGCUGAGUUUGUGAAGUCCCUAUAUACCUCAAACAUACAGGCACAACUUAAGGACAAACCACUCUUUGUUGAAUCCAGUCGAGACAUUGUCAUGCAUGCAAGAGAUGGUGAUGGUAAUGUUGCUAGCACCAUGGCAUUAGGUAAGAAGAAUUUUUCUUAAACUUUAAUUGGUUUUGCAGGCAACAGAACUUUGGAGGCCCAGUGUGACAGUUUUGAGGUGAAAGACAAGAACGGAAACAUACGGUUCAGGGUGAACAAUAGAGAAGUUAGCAUGGAGGUAGAUGAAGUUAAAUAUACAGGAUCUUCAAAGCUGGUGUUUGAAGGAUCAGUUGCCACACCCACUUUGAGAAGUCCUCCCUCUGAUCCACUCAAUAUUGAAUCCUUGGGAACAUUUAUACGAGUACAUGGAGAGACUGGUGUGAAUCUGAAGGCACCUGCUGGCAGUAUGCUGAUUAAAAGUUCAGAUGACAUCCUGUUAGAGUCGACUGAUAAUUCUAUCUAUGUGCAGUCCCGUGAUUUGUACCUGAAGAGUACCAAAGUAAGUGUACCAGCAGUGGGUCGACCCUAUACAGGUAGUGUGUACCAGCUAUGUAUGUGUAUGAGUGGACGUCUGUAUCUGUCCGACCCUAGUGAUGACUGCCAGGCUACAGACAAUAUCUGUCAGUAG